UGAUAGAUUAAAAGCAUAUACAUGUAUAAUCAUAUAUAUUGAUAAAACUGUAGUUAUAAUCACAAUAAUAAUACGGAGUCUUAAUUAUCAAGCUAAGAAAUAUAAAAUGAUGGGAAAUGAGAGAAGAAGCAUAGGAUCAAUAAUAUUGAUGAUAACAAUAAUUAUAAUGGUUGGAAUUAAGGGUUCAUCCGCACAAAAAAGCGUAAAUGAUACAUGCUUGGUGACAAUGGGAACUUGUUUGCGGGAGUCAAGCAGUUUACUUGAAUGUUGUCCAAUCAUCAAAGACGCCAUUUUAGAGGAAAGAGAAUGUUUUUGUUUGACAAAACAGAUUUUCGGAAGAAAUGCUACCCUUGCCAGAACUUGGUCCAAUAUUCUCAUUUUUUGUAGUGUCACUGCUUCGUUCGACUCCUUAUGCCCUGAUUCGAAUUCAAGCUUUGUUUUGCCUCCAUCUUCCUCGCCAGAUUCGCCACCAAGUAUUAGUCCUACGGAAUCUCCCGUUUCUCCACCUACAGGCGUUCCAACUCCAUCAAGUCCCGUUGAAAAUUUAUUUCCACCAACGCCAGGUCCACCAAUCCCAACUGAAUUAUUAUUUCCCCCAACACCAGAACAACCAGCUACUGAUAAUGAUACUGGCAAUGGAAGCGGUGAUGAAAAUGACGACAGUAAUGCAAAGAAGAUCGGAUAUCCAAUGGUCUUAGUUUCUAGUAGUGCACUACUCCUGAUUUGGGCGAUUCUAUUGUCUUGACUCUUUCUUAAUAUAUACUUUGUACUACUUCCAUUUUUGAAAGUUCGACUCACUUAAUUACUA